GUAUGUGUUCAAAACCUACUUUUGUUGUGUUUUAUACAUUUUGUAAAAAUCCCUCUUGGUCUUUUAUUUUCUUGUGGAGCAACAUCUUUAAAACCCCUAAAUAACAAAUAAAAGCAAUAGAGAGGCCAUGGGCUCACAACCAUUUUGGUCAUCCGUCCUUCGAGCAACGCGGUUGGGAAGCGCUUCUGUCGCAACGACGAAAAAGAAAUCUUCGUCGCCUUCGAGUGCGUCACCUCUCGCAUCGCCAGGGCUUGCUAGGGCGAGCGUACCUAAACCAGGUACAACAUUGGAUAUCUCGGAGCCAGCGGGGGGACUGGCACCUUUAUCAUCAUUGGGUUUACAUUCCGACAUGAAAGCUGGUCAUUUCAUCGCUGGGUCAGAGUCUCCACUUCUCAAUGCGUCCCCUCCUUUGGCGACAUUAUGCCAUCCCGAGUCUGAUUCUGCCACACCGGAAACAUUACCAGAAUCCUUUAAACCAGCACUCCAUCCCGCAGUCUCCAAACUGGUCGCUUUUGAAAUGGAUGGUGAUCUAUCCACCUUGAAAAAAGCGGGAACCCCGAUAAAAAGGGACCCAUUCUCAGACGACGACGGAUCCUCCGACACGACAGCCACACUGGAAGCCCGCCAGAGCUCGGGCUCCAUUCCCGGCUCCCGUCGUGGGAGCGUCGGUAGCUCGACAGGAACCCUCUCUCGCCGUCGUGUCUCCUUUGCACCCAGUCCCUCCAUGGUCGUCAGUUUCGAUGCCCGCGACGCACCCGCAAAAUGCAUUGAAAAGCAAAUGUCCCUCCUGGACGAAUCCAACUCCAAGAACCAACCGCAAGGUGGGUUGGAAGGUGCCGAUUUAACGGAUGGCACAUCUGUCAUUGCACCCGCUGCAGAUGAGUUGUCCGGUCCCGCCGCUACACUAGAUAUGUCCAAACAAGAAGAAGAGGACGCUAGAGUCGCCGCAAAGAUUCGUGCAAAGCAGAUGAGGCAGUUGGAGGCUGCCAGGAAAGGAUCAAUACAUCAGCAACAAUUGUCGCAGCAGCUGCAGCAGCACCAACGGCAAGAGGAAGACAGACAGAGACGGAGCUCGUGGGCGCGCGCUUUUACGGCGAAUGCGCUGGCAAUGGGAGGGGGAAUGGGUCCCAUUAUUACAUUGUAGAAAGAUGUCAAGGCAGGAAUUUUGUCCGGGCAUUGAGAUGGUGGAUCAGAAUCUAACGUUAUGUAGAUUUCGCGGACAUGAAAGUCCCGCCGUUUUGUUUUCAUUUGCUUGCAUUUAUUUCAUUUCAUUCGCUUUUUUAUUGUGUUUUUGUUUUGGGAUCAUGCACGGUCUUAAUGAAAAAAAUUGUCAUCG